AUGCACGGUCUUUUAUUUUUCAUCCCACUGAUUUUCUUCUUGAUGUCUGCUGCUGAAAUUCAAUCCAAGUAUCAUUCUUCGAUCAAAAGUUGCUCGAGUUCGGAGCAAAGUUCAACUGUUAACAAUGUGACAACUUCGAUUGUGAGUUUGGCAGAAAAAAUUAUGCCUAGAGAUUUUUUGAGGCUCAAUUUUGAGCUACAAAUUUUCUCGAGAAGGGAUUUCAAAUUUUUUGGUAAAAAAUGGCUCAAAAUUUGAAAAGCGAACCUUUUUUUGCGAAAAAACAUUUGGAUUUUUGCGAUAAAUUUUUCUCAUGAAAUUUUUGAAUUUAGAAACAGUGUCGAACUGCAAGGAUUACUGUACUUCUUUGGAACUGCAAAAAUUCAAUCAAAGUCCUACGAACUGCAAGAGUUACUGUAGCUCAGGAUUUUCAAACUGCAAGGAUUACUGUAGUUUUAGGUUUUCUAGAAAUUUUGGAACUGAAAGGAUUACUGUAGUUUUAGGUUUUCUAGAAAUUUUGGAACUGCAAGAGUUACUGUAGCUCCGAAUUUUCUGGAAUAUUUUCAAACUGAAAGGAUUACUGUACUUCUAAAUUUUGGAACUGCAAGGAUUACUGUAGUUUCAAGUUUUCUAGAAAUUUUGGAACUGCAAGGACUACUGUAGUUUUGGAUUUCCUAGAAAUUGUGAUACUGCAAGGAUUAGUUCACUUCUGGAUAUUCAAACUGCAAGGAUUACUGUAAUUCUAAAUUUUUGAACUGCAAGGAUUACUGUAGUUCUGGAUUUUCAAACUGAAAGGAUUGCUGUACUUCUAAAUUUUGGAACUGCAAGGAUUACUGUAGUUAUCACUAAAAAUAUGUCAUUUUUGCAGACCGUGAAAACCUAUCAAAUCGACGGAAUUUGCAAUCAAUACAACAAAACUGUGGAAAACUCGAUUGAAAACGUCGAAAAUUUCAAAACAUCGUGCACAAAAUCAAAUUGUCAUGAUUUAUCUGUGUCAAUUUCAUGUGAUGAGUUCGAAAAUGCGAAAUGUCAAUAA